AAAAAGAAACGUAUGGUAAAGUUGUGUGGAUGGUCAGACCACAACUACUACCUAGCUUUCCCGGGCUAGGAGCUGUGCGUUCGAGUCUCGGUUUGGCCAUUUACGAGCUCUUUUUACAAAGAAAUGUAGGGUAAAGUUGUAUGGAUGGUCAGACUACAACUACUACCUGGCUUUCCCGGGCCAGGAGCGCUACAUUCGAGUCUCGGUUUGGCCAUUUACGAGCUCAUUUUUUUUGCCAAUUUUUAUUUGCCAAUUCCAUUUUCUCUCUUAUUGCGCUCCUCAGUGUCCAACAUAGGUUUCAAAAUGCCUCAAUAUGCUCAACACGUCCUUGCUAUAUAGGUGACCGCUCAAAAUGUAUGCAUCGUCAUGUGUAUUACUUUCCUAUAUAUGUAUAUUCUCGCCACUAUGCUCCUCGUCUCAAUGAAGGGUAUAUGUAACCAGCCCUCCAGUUCCAUGCUGUAAUAUCUAUCCAACAUCCCUAAACGCUAAAAAUUGUAAUGAAUGUACCGCUAUCAUAAUCCAAAAACAUAUAUGUUUACAU